AUGAGCUUGAUGUUCGCGAAGAGUGGAGCCAGGGCCCCCUCUGGCGGACUUUGGCAGCAGCCAGAACAGCGCGUGGCAUCCCCUGCCCAGCACGGAGUCGCAGAACAGGGGCCAGCUAAACCGAUCCUCGACAGCGACUCCCCUUUCGCGACCUCCACAGACGACCUUCUCAAGGCUCUGACGCAGCGACUGCCGACCUCCGACAACUCCGAAAGCACAAAGCAGUUGCAAGUCUUGGCCAAGACACUCGAGGAGUCGAGGGGAUACGAAAAAACGAACCAGGUUCGGCCCGACAUCGAAGCAGAACAAGCACUGCACCACGCAGGGGUACAAUCGGGAAAGGCCAAGAAGGCCAUGGACUACGCGGUCAAACAGGAACAGAUCUGCCAGGAGUGGCUACAUCAGGCCCCAGAGCAACACCACCAACGGCUACUCAAGCAGCACAUCAAAGACAGCAAGGCGCGGGACGCCGAGAACGCGAACGUUGCGAAGAUCAACUUUUCCAGCCUCCUCCCCACCCAGGAGGAAUCGGACAUCGAGAACUUCAUCGCCUUCGAUGAUGGGGAACACUUCAGGCUGGAAGAUUACGACUUCAGCAACGAGGAGAUCGAACAAUGGCAGCAGCACAAGCAAAACCUCUUCAAGGAAAUAUGCAAGAUCAUUGGUCAAGCAAUCGGCCCGUCGGCGAACGACCUGGCGGACCGGAGGCGAUGCUUGAUGGGCGCAGCGACCCGCCUGAACCCAGAGAUGCACUUGCGCCAGCAGGCGACGCAUCAGAAGCACGGCCCCCUCAACCAGCUGCAGCAGAUGACAAGAUCGAGGCCGCCCCUGAGGAGAUUGAGCAAGCCGUGGCAGCCAGCCGAGAGCGGGUGCCAGCGACUACAGCAGCAGCAGUACCAGCACGAGGGUAACAAGCAGCAGACGAACAACCACCAGAAGGGGAUGGACAGCUUCGGGCCCCUUCUCAAGAAGACGAAUCUCCAUGAGGGUAAGAACAGCGAGCGUAUGGAGCUUUUCGUGCUCGGCAGGAGGGGCAAUGAGAAGGAGCGGGAUAAGGGGGAGAUGAAGGGGGGCCAGGAGAGGGUCAUCUGCAAACGGCUGCAAGCGCGGGCACAGGACCCGCAGUCAACCACGGCCUUGGCAGACGCUCCAGCGGCAGUGCGAUCCGCAGGUGCAGAGCUGCGGGCAGGACUCGCUGAGCUGCCCGCAGAUCCAGUGAAAGCCAGGGACCUCUCAAGCAAGGCCAAGGAGGCCCUGGCCAAACCCAUGCAGAUCGUGGACAUCGAGGCCCAGCGGCGGGCCUCGCUCUGGAAUGCCCCCCUGGGCCUAGCGGCGGCUGCAAACCUGGUCAGCAGCAUGCAGAGCAAGCGUUUCCGCAUCUCCAAGAAGUCGGUGAUCGGCGCGGGCUGCGGCCGCACCGGCACGGCGUCCCUGAAGAAGGCCCUGGAGAUGUUGGGCUUCGACCCCUGCUACCACAUGUUCGAAGUGAUAAGCCGGGGCCACGAGGCGCGCUGGGAGGCUGCUUUCGCGCGGCCCGACGCGGCGGACUGGGCCGCUCUCACCGAGGGGUUCAAGUCAGCCGUGGACUUCCCGGCGUCGCUGGCCUAUCGCGAGUUGAUGGCGGCCAACCCCGAGGCCAAGGUCGUACUGUCAGUGCGCGACGCCAAGAGCUGGUCCGCCAGUGUUCGCGACACCAUCUGGAACGGAUAUGGCGAGGAGCUCUCGUGGGUGGCGUGGCCGUUUCGGCGCACCUUCCAGCGCAUGACCGCGCUCAUGCGCGCGCGUUUUUUCGGCGACAAGGACGGGGGCGUCGCCUCGGGCGCCGUGUACGACGACAAGAGGCUGCAGGAGUGCUUCAACUCCUGGAACGCACAGGUGAUCGCCACCGUCCCCAGCGAGCGCCUGCUCACCUUCCAGGCGAAGGAUGGAUGGGGACCGCUGUGCAAGUUCCUGGGCGUGCCCGAGCCAGCGGAGCCCUUUCCCAAUGUGAACGACACGGUCCAGUUCAAGGCGAUGUUCCGCGCGCGUUGGCGCCAGUUUGCUGCAAUUGAGGCCAGCAUGCUGCUGGUGGCCGUCGGCGGAGCCGUUGCGCUGAUGAGGCGCCGCAAGUGA